AUGCCCCGCGCCCUCAAACACCACGAGAAAAAACUCCUCCGCAAAGUCGACUUCCACACCUACAAAUCCGACAACAACCACCGAGAAUCGCAAAUCCGCACGCGCUACCACCUGCAAGACCCCCUCGACUACCGCAAGUACAACCAGCUAUGCGGCUCCCUACGCCAACUGGCGCACAAGCUCUCCGAACUGGACCCCGAGAGUGAUCCCGUACGCAAGAAGCUCGAGUCCGAGGUGCUGGAUAAGUUGUUCCGCAUGGGGAUUUUGAAGCAGAGUCGCGAACAAGGAGCGGGGCUUUCGAGGGUCGAGAGGGAGGUUACGGUUAGUGCGUUUUGUCGGAGGAGGUUGGCGGUUUGGAUGGCGAGGAGUGGGAUGGUGGAGAAUGUUAAAACGGUAUGUCUCUCUCUUUCAUUCAUUUAUAUUCUUGUCUAUUUCCUUUGGGAAGAGAGGUGA